AUGAUUUCAUGCUGGGCACUAGUUUGUUCCACCACACGACAAGCGACUCUCGCCGGAGAAGUAGGAACGCCAGAGGUGCCUCGUCAUCGAUGGGAUGAGCUUUGCCCGGAUCUCUUGAAUUCGAUCUACGGCAAGCUCCCUCCCGGCCACUACGGCCGGACUGAUUUCGGAUCGGUAUGCAGGAACUGGCAUCGGAUCCACGCAGCCGCCGGGACCCCGCCGCUGACGGCUCCUCUCGCCGGCGGACGAAAUCACCCUAUCGACGUCCGAUCUCACAUCGGCGACGACAUUCCCGGUGGAAGGGUCCGCUGGUUAUUUUGUUAUGCCCGCCGGUUAUUGAGUCUGCCGCAACUGCACGUGGUGUACACGUGGUCCAGCGGGUGGUGGCUUCUGGAAUCGAAUCGGUUAAUCUGCGCCUGCUUCAAUCCCCUGCUUCCAUGGCCGUCCUGCUACCAUAAGCUUCCCAAUUUGGGGCUCCGCCCUUUCGACGAGAUCCCCGAAAUUCCGAUAAAAGCGGCGUUCUCGGCCCCGCCGUCGAGGAACCGGAGCUGGACGAUCUUGGUCGUUCACAGCCGCUGGAGUUUCAGCACGUUCCGCCGCGGCCGCGGUGGCGGGGGAUGGUGGUGGAACAGCUACACUUACUGCCGGAAGGGGGAAUUAGAGGCAGGGGCGAGAAUUUGCGAGGGAAUCGGGUACAGGGAGGGGAGAUUCUUUCUCCUUUUCAACACGGGAGACGUUUUGGUCUUCGGAAUUGAUGGCGGGGAGCGGAGGAUGCUGGUGGUGGGAGUUCCUCCGCUGGUGGCAGGGGAGCUGUCCCGGCGGAAAAAUUUGCGGGUCGUGGCGGCCGUGGAGGAGGAGGAGUCUUCUUUGGUGGUGAGUUGGGGGCGAGGAAGCGGCGGCGGAGAUGGGAGGUUACGGCUGAUGACGGUGGAGAGGUGGAAACCGGCGGCGGGGGAGGUAGAAGAUUUGGAGUUGGAGGAAGGAAGCAGGGGAGGGGUUUUAAUGGCGAGGGAGCAACCGGGAGUGGUCAAGUGGAUAGCCAUUCGUCAUGUUUGCUGGACUCUUUACUUUUUUCUUUGGGUAGGGAUUUUUUCCUUCAUUGUGUUUUAUUUGGUUAGGAUUGGAAAUAAGGGUCAGUAA